AUGAUUCAAGCUAGACUUCUGAUUUUAGAAAUUGAUGGUAAAACUUAUAAAACAGAUGAAUGGACAAACGUAACACCUUCAAUCUUAGGGUUAACACAAAGACAAUUACACUUAAACAAUGAUCAUCCAAUAGGGAUCUUAAGAAAUUUAAUUGAAAAUAGAUUUAAAGACAUGGGUUAUACAUUUUAUAAUCAAUUUAAACCUGUUGUAACAACUCAAGAAAAUUUUGAUUCAUUAGGGUUCCCUGAAGAUCAUCCAGGUAGAUCUAAGACAGAUACUUAUUAUAUUAAUAAAUCCACAUUAUUAAGAACUCAUACAUCUGCUCAUGAAAAUGAAUGUUUCCAAAAAAAUACUACACCAGGUUAUUUCAUAUCUGCUGAUGUUUAUAGAAGAGAUGAAAUUGAUAGAACUCAUUAUCCUGCAUUCCAUCAAAUGGAAGGUGCAAGAAUUUGGUCCAAGACAGAACAUGGUGAUAAUUUAAUAGCCAAAUUAGAAGAAGAUAUUUCUGAAAUUCCUCAAAUUGAUAUUAUAGUGGAAGAUCCAAAUCCACCUUAUCAUCCAAAGACAAACCCAAAACAAUCACAUAUGACUGAUAAAGAAACUGAAUUAGUUGGUUUACAUUUGAAAAAAACUUUAGAAUUAUUAGUUAAUGAAGUUUUCAAUGAAGCUAAAAAAUCUGCUAAAUUAAGUGGUAAUAAAGAACCUUAUCUUAAUGAACCAUUGAAAGUUAGAUGGGUCGAGGCAUAUUUCCCAUGGACCACACCAAGUUGGGAGAUUGAAGUUUUUUGGAAAGGUGAAUGGUUAGAAUGUUGUGGAUGUGGUGUUGUUCAAGAACAAGUUUUAACAAAUUCAGGGAUUGAAAAUCAUAUUGGUUGGGCUUUUGGUAUUGGAUUAGAUAGAAUUGCAAUGUUAUUAUUUGGUAUUCCUGAUAUUAGAUUAUUUUGGACUUUAGAUGAAAGAUUUGCAAAACAAUUUUCUCAAGGUGAAAUUACUACUUUUAAACCAUAUUCUAAAUAUCCAGGUACUUUAAGAGAUGUUUCAUUUUGGAUUCCAUCAGAAAAUUCAAAAGUUCAUAUUAAUGAUUUAAUGGAAAUUGUUAGAGAUAUUGCAGGAGAUUUAGUGGAAAAUGUUUCAUUAGUUGAUGAAUUUAAACAUCCAAAAACUGGUCGUAUAAGUCAAUGUUAUAGAAUUAAUUAUCAAUCAAUGGAUAGAUCUUUAACUAAUGAUGAAGUUAAUGUUUUACAAGAUCAAAUUCGUGAUACUGUUGCAAAUUCAUUUGAUGUUGAAUUGAGAUAA